AUGUUACCAUUUGAGGUACCGUCUACAGCGGUGGUUUCAUUGGAUCAAUUGAUUUCCGAAAGAUCUCUGGUACGCCAGUCUCUUAAGGCGGUUAGGAGCGACCGUAAUCCCGAUUGGAUAGCAGCAGUACGCGCUUUGCAGCAGUACCUGCCACUUAUUGCCGAAAGCUAUGAGAGCUACGAGAAUGCCACUUUUAAAUGGCGACUGCCUUGGUCCGCCCCACACUUUAAAACCAAACUAGUAGGUGGCGACAGCGAAUUAGGCAUGGUGGCACUUUCUUUGGUGCUUUGCACGGUGCGGGCAGCAGAACAAGCCCAGGGAACUAAAGACUAUAAAAGAGCGGGACACUUACUUCGCCAAGGACAAUCGUUUGCAAUGUAUCUUGCAAAUCUUCGACUAGAGACGACUGUUGCUGAUUUAAGUGCAGCUACGCGGACAGCACUUGUCCACAUUCUCGAUGCCAUGGGUCAUCAAUUUUUGCUAAAUAAAUUAUUGGGCGAGUUUCCUGAGACUCCAAUCAGCGCAUCUUCCGCUGUUUUGCACACGCGAAUAGCAAUGCAUGCUUUGGAUGAGUAUAGACACAGCCUGCAGCUGGUGCCAAAGCAAUUGAGAAGCUGGUGCCAGAGCCAGGAAACGUUUUGUGCGGCUACAGGCCAGGUAUUAUUGGCAAUUGAGAGUUCCGAGCGAGGGGCCGUAGGGAAAGCGCUGGGACACCUGAAUUUAGCUCGAAACAAGCACAGCUCGCUGGAGCUACUGAUUUCCCGCUUGACACAGCAGUACGAGUCUGAUAACAAACUUGUAUCAUUCCAGACCAUUCCCAAUCCCUCGGAACUUGCUCAAUUACCCAGUGGAAGACGGGUCUUUGAGGUUUCAGCGUGGGCUCCGAACCAGCAGAGCGCGGGCCCCGUCCUCACUACGGCCCAGAACUAUUACUAG